GCUCAGUUUGAGUUUUGCUGCCGAGUGGGUUGGUUCCGUGCCAUGUUCCGUUAUCACAGCCCUUGUGGAGAGUUCUUGUGACUGAUUUGUGUAGUUAUAAAAUUAACAAUUUGAAAAUUCGUUAGCCUUAGAAAAAAGUGAAUGGUGAACAUUUGUCUUAAACUGCUUUAGAACUGUAACAUUGUAACACGGAAAUUCUGUACAAAUCGAACCAUUCCCCAGGCACUGCGCUAGGGGUCAAAUCAGACAGUGCACAACUGGGGUGAAAGUCAGCUCUUCUCAAAAGCGAUACGUCUUCAAAAAUAUUUCACCAUCCUAGCGAGGGAAUAGCGCAGAGGAAAUCUAGAGAGAGGAUUCGUUGUCCUUUCUUUCCCCAUUUCCAUUAGUUGUUUGAAUAGGGGGUGAUUGGGCUGUUUGCGCGGGUGACAGGUGGUGACGAAUAAAGAACCUUGAGCUUUGUGGCAGAGCUUGCAGAAAUCUGCUGAGCUGUCUGGUUCUGUGUAAGCUGACCGUUGCUGAUUAAGGAGUGAAUGAAAAAAAGCUUAGUGGUUGCUUUCGAGGUAAUAUUGGAUAAAUAAACCUAUGUUUAGGUAAAGUUUUGUGCUGUGAAAGUGAUCGAUAAUUAGUGUCAUACAGAUUAAGAUCUACGCUCAAUUUCAAACGCGUAGAUGCAGUUAGGUAAUGCAGAACCGACGCAUUUCAAACAGCAAAUUAAAAUGCAGGGAUUAAAGGCUGAUGAACUGCUCACGUAAUCGAAGAUUUUGACGGAACAAUCCAGAAAGAUUGCUAAGCAUUAUCUGUUGUGUGCUGAAAGUUUACAUAAGUAAUUGGAUUUCAUUAAAUAAGGAGGAAAGGAAACUUGAAAACUAUCAAAACGUCAUCCCGCACGUAGCAAUGAGUAACGCAUCGAUCACCACCGCCCAUCGUCUUCCCUACCGUCGAGCUGCCCGAUGGACCGGCUCGGUUCGUACGUUACCGGUGGGUCAACCUGCCCGUACAGCACCGAUACCAGCUCGUCCGCUCAAUCCUAUGUGCGUCCAUUCGACACAAUAAGAGCACUGCACGAAACGAUCGUAUCGCUGCGGACAGCACUCGAAGAAAGCCGACAGGAUAACGAUCGGCUGCGCAAACAAAUCAGCGUGAGGGACACCGUGGAAGAGGGGCGGAGUUUCCUGAGAAAUCAAACGCUUCAACCUGAGAGUAGUAUUCCCAGAACUUUAAAAGGCACGGAAGAAAUAAAUUUGACAAACGUACCUGAGUCGAAGAAGUCGAAAAAACUGAAGAAGAAAAAGAGUAAAGUACCUGCGGACGAAACAGCGGAAGAUACAGGGUCAGCGCAGCACGAGCAAGACUCGUCUCCUGAGUUAGAAACAAAACAAGAAUCGCCUCGAAAGAAACACUUCCAAAAAGAUGGCACCCACCAGAAGGUAUCUGUAGUGCCGGACAUUCAGAUCUUGUCACAUCCUGCCUCCGGUCACUCGACGAUGGCUUCCAGAAUAGAUGUUAAAAUUAAGGUUUCUUCGAACAUUAACGUCGAAGGUAGCAGCUCCGAAGCGAACUCUUCGGAAGCUACCAAAGAUGAAGUGGGAGUUGAACACGAAACGAAAACAUUCGAAACACCAGAGGAUGAGGAUAAAACCAUUGGCGAAGAGUCGGAGGACCCGGCGGAAAAUGUGACAGUUCGGGAGGAAUUUGUCAAAGGUGAUGCAUCCAAUCUGAAGAUAAACUUAACCAAUGAGGAAAAUCUAAGCGUUACAAGGUCUACUGAAGGAAUCAACAUUAAGCAGAGGUCAUCGGAAAAUCUGCACGUCGACGUGGAUCGGCAAAGUAACCCUUCGAUUUCCGAGGGAGAUAAUUCGGUGUUCACAGAGGAUGUCACUACUCCCGUCGAGCCGGAUCCGGAGGGUGCCGUUGGGUACAUAAAAACGACUAGAACUUCGGUGAAGAAAAGUGACUCCGAGAAUCAAGAGGAAGUGGAUGACAUAGAAUUGAUCUUCUCGUCGGAUGAUAACAAGGAUAUCAUUCAGGAAGAUCUAGUUUCGAUUUCUGACUACGAGCCGUGGCAGGAAUCAGGACAAUCGGGAACACCCGUUUUGCUAAAGUUUAGGCAACUUUCUUCGGAUCAAGAAUCGAUCAAGAAAGACUCGAUCGAGCGUAGUGAUAGUGAUACUGUGGAAGGUGAAGGAUCAAAUGGGGAUCUACCGAAAGGAAAGAGCUUAGAAAGUCAAGAUUCGCUUGGCGCAGACAAUACGAAGAAAAGUUUAAAUAUCAGUACAAAGUCGUCUAGCUUGGAAAAGGACUCCAGUUUGGAUUACGGAACCGGGAAUGUAGGACGGGAGGAUAGUUUUGAAAUUGGUGCUGCAAGUGGGACGACAGCUUUGGGGAAACGAUGGACGAACUACAAUGUGCUGAUCGAGACAGACAUUUCCAAGUGUGGAAUAGCGGAGGAUAACAUAUUGGAGAUGGGAAGAAGGAAUACCUGCCCCAAUCCACCUGCGUAUAGGCCUAUCAUCCAUACCCGAUCUCCAGCGGCCGUUUCGAACCGAAACCCACUGGCCGUCAAGUUUUCCAGAAGUCCCCGGACAUAUUCACCCCACCAGUAUCUUCCACCGGGUAAAACGUUGCGUACGGUUACCAUGGCCGACGCUACCGGUCGGUCCGUCAACUCCGAGGAGGCCAAACGAUCCCGUGCGGCUCAAACGGACAUAACGGCUCUUUCACAGCAGUGGCGUUCGGAGACACACCUUUCCGAGUCGGAGUUUGGUGCCGGUCUGUACACUCUGCCAUCCAAGUUUGUUCCUCCAUCGGCCACCGCCAGCCGGAAAUAUUCGCUCCGACCAUCGGAUAAGACCCAAGAGGCGCGUCGAGUGCUGUUGAGCGAUAUCAAUUUCACCAGCAUGGUACCGGAGCUAUCGCGCUCGGCCGAUCAUCUCUGCCAGCAGGAGGAAAACAACGAGAACCAAUCGCCCAACUACUGCAAGGGCAAACUGCUCAAGACUCCGGAGACCGUCAAGGGCAUCCCACCCAGCUUCAGCAUGACCUCCCCGGGGGUCUCCCAGUGGACCGUCAACGAGAGUAGCAUCGCCACGCAGACCACCCAAACCGAGGCGUACUGGGCCGAUCGUGGCGAUUCGUUCGAUUCGUCGAAAAGCUACUCACUAGGAUCGCGUUACUCUACCCUCAGCAAACAUCACCGCUCGCGCAGCGUCCCGUCGAUACGGUGUGCCAUCUGCAGGCAGGGUCACCAAUCGACGACGCUACGCCCAUCGGAGAGUAUGCACUAUACCCCGCGGGUAACCUUCCAAGAACCGUCGCACAAAAUUCGUGGAUCACUGCCGGACCUACGGCAUGACUGUAACUGUCCGAGGCGAUACGGGGGCCCGUCGCUGUACCGGAUUCAUGGAGAUUCUGGCGGAUCCACCGACAGUUUGUUGGAAGAAGCGGAAGAAUUUCUGAGAAGAUCUAUCGAGGGAAACAUAAUGCUGGAGGAUCCUGGAGGUCACUGUGAACCACCACUGCCGCCGGCACCAGUGCAACUCAUCGCGGGGCCGGCAAAACACCGCAGAUGUUCCGAAAAUGAUAUUCAGAGAGACUACAUUCCCUCGAAACAUGCCCUGCCAUUCCUGCCAAAGACGGCCAAGUGUCUCAAGCCGGGACACCUGGCGAAGGUGAUAUCUCGCAACGGCAGAGUGGUGGUCGGUCGUGUACGAUACAUUGGCCCGCUGGCGGGCUGUAGUGUGGGAGAUGCGGAUGAAAAAUACGUUGGUCUACAGCUACCCAACAAUCUGGGCGAAUGUGACGGAUCGAUCGAUGGAAGAAAAUUUUUCGAUUGUGACCCCCUCCACGGAAUCUUUGUCCCGUUCAAAAAAGUUGUCAUGGCGUGGAAUUCCUAAAGGAAAGCUACCGGCGACAUUGGCAUUGUAUUUCUUCUUCUGUACAGGAAUAGAAAAAUGUUUCGCGACCUACCACACAUAGGUAUUUGGCGCAAGUGAAAAAAAAACCUUUGCAUCACACCGAAAGCGCGAAUGAAUACCUACCAAAGCGGAUGGAAACACUUGAACAGCUAUGCGGUUUCACCCGCUACUCUCACCAUAAAUCGACGUGGAUCAUUCAUUCAAGCGAAGGCUAAGUUGGUUGGGUGGCGGUGCAGGACGCUAUUUGAAAGGCAAAAAAGGCACGUUUUCAGUUGGAAAAAGUGUCUUCUGUCUAAUAUUAGUCACAAAAGGUGUAGGAAACUCUUGCUAUAUGGCCUCGAUUGCUAAGGGAAAAUUUAUUAGGUGUAAAUGGGAUCGAUUGCUUUGGUGCAAAAUUCUCAACAGAUGCAGGCAAGUAGGAAAACAGGUCAAGGUUGAUCCAGAAACAAAGACUAUGAGUAGCAGCCAGUAGAUAAAUUCUUUUAUAGAUCAGAUUUGAAGAAGGGAAUGAAAGCCUAAGUGAAAAAUACAAAUUGAACAAAGCCCUUGGAUUAGUGUCAGAAUCGUAAAUAUAUUAAUUUGUUGCAACGCAAAAGAUUGAAGAUAACCCCUAUAUGUAUGUUGCUGUGCAAAAUCAAAUCAUAUCCCAUCAAAUCAUAAACCAUACUUUUGAUAAUGUUGAUAGUAGGAAACUAUUUGUUUGGUAUUAUAUCCUACAGUCAGGAAGAAUAGGGAGAAAAUCACAUCAGUCUCGUUUAAAAACGGCCCAAGAACAGAACCUCGAAAACAAUUUUCCUGAGAUGUUUCCAUGGUUGAAAACUAACAAUAGUUACAAAAAUGUGGGAAGAACGCCGAUCACCGACAUGCGAAAGAAUACUAACUUGUGUUCUUCGAACAUCUAUGUAUCUUUGUCAACCUAUUUGAACAACACCGUGUCAAGAUUUUAAACAGACGUACUACACUUCUGAGUUUUCUGUGUCUCAUACUGUUUUUAAUUCUGUGAAAUACUCAUCUAAUUCCCAUUGGAGCCGAAGAUAUUUGCUCCCCGAAUUAGUCCCCUGCACGAUAUCGUGUUGAUUUUUGCAAAACUAUCACGAGAAAUCAUGUUUACAUCGCCGUUAACGACGCUGAAUCCCUCUGGAUAAAGACACGACACGUCAAUCCUUUAUUUACCAAUGGCCCUCGUUCCAGAAGGAUUCAAAGCGAUUUUCUUCGGAUUGAGGGCUUUUGACAGGUCUCGUGCUCAAUUGGAAUGACACUUACAGAUAAAUAAUACGAAUAAGAUAGAGACGGCGAGUCUUUAUCCAAAGGGAUUCAGCGUUUUUUAAUCGCCGCGACUUGUGUGUAAUUCAUCACAAAAACUGUCGCUUCGCCAUCUGUACGCUACUAGCGGAAAGUGUUUCCCACAUUUUAAUUUGGCGCAUAACAAAACGAGAUCAAAAAGGCUAGACAACCAUGAGUUCGAGAGAAAUCAUGUUUACAUCACCGCGACUUGUGUGUAAUUCACCACAAAACUGUACGCGCUCGCUUCGCCAUCUGUACGCUAUUAGCGGAAAGUGUUUCCCUCAUUUUAAUUUGGCGCACAACGAUGCGAGAUCAAAAAAGCCGGACAUAAGGCGGGUUGAACGCAACCAUGAGUUAGAGGUGCAAGUCAUGCGACUCUCCCGUUAAUGAGGUUGCGAAAAUUGCGGGCCUCGGCCUUUGCAGAUCGUUUUUCCACCGAACUUGUGUUUAUGGUAUGCAGCGAUCUACACUGUAUGACGAUUAUUUUUACAAGAGGGUGCAGCAAUACGAUUCCGCUGCUCCCGUCGUGGACACAAAAAAGUCAUGUGAGGUGGUAGAUAAUCUAAACACCGUCGUCUCAAACCCCUUGAGUCGCAUUGAGACUCACUUUUGUCAAGCGACUUGCGGGGGACCUACCCAGUCUAAAACUAAGUCGCGAGAAUAAUACAAAAAUUCACCCCACUGCCACCGCCGUCACUUGCUGAUGAACGGGAUCAGUUCUGGGUCGAUCUGAGCGGCCUCAUGAUUCGAGUCAUACAGUGGAGAAGAUUGUUGCUAUGAUCCAGGAAUGCCUCGGAAUGAGCACCAAAGAAAUUUUGUUGAUCAAGAAAAAACCGAUCUCUCGAUUCGUUCCGUUGUAUUACUUGGCCGACUGGAAUACUCGUUCUUAAGAUCAAUUUUGAUCAGCCAAAGCCAGAUAGAUUUCGCUAAUAGGAUACCAGGAUUGUUGGCUGCAGUCAUCCCAGUUCUGUAUGCGGGAGUAGAGAAAGGGUUUUCCAAACUUCCUACGACGGUAAGCAUCCUUCCAUUCUGAAUAAUUCAAGUGCUGAAAUGGUCCACGAUUCUGCUGCCCAUCUACGCAUAAUUGUCCCAUGUGUGUAAGGAAUCUCAUAGCACAUGGGACAUUUAUGCGUAUGACAGUCUAGUACUCAGUUAAUUGUUUUGUAUCAGCACCAGAUGUCGUUUUUCCAGCUAGUGACCCGCGGCGAUUUACUAGAGACACCUAGUCCAGCUACAAUGCAUAUAUCCUACGUAAUCUCGUCUCUUCGGUCACCGAAACGCAAACUUGCCGGUAGUACUGAGAAAGCCCUUAGUCCCUCCAUCAUAGUUGAGCCCUUCCUGCCAGCGACCAGCAACCGUCCCGGUCCUGCAGUGAAGAUAGGACGAUGGGUUUUCCGCAAACAUACCUCAGGCUAAUACAAUGCAUCUAUGAGAUCUUCCUUGUCUCAAAGCUCUUCGUUUAUCAGCCUUGGUCAACGACGGGACAAGCUGCUGUUAUACUACCAAAAUGUUAGUGGUAUCAAAUCAAUCGUUGAGCAAUGCCGCCUUGCAGUCUCCGAUAAGUGUUUUGACAUCAUUGUCUUCGUCGAAACGUAAUUGAACGAUGACACGCUUUCCGAAAAUCCACCGGAGGUGGCGUAUUAGUCGCAGUUAAUAUCAGCUUGAAGGCAAAAAUUGCCGAGAACAUUUGAGUUGGGUUUGCAUUGAGCAUGUUUGGGCGAUUAUCGAGAGUGGCGACCGUAAAUUGUUCUUGUGUGCGUUAUAUGUUCCACCUGACCGUGCUCGGGACGUGGAAUAUGUCGAUGCAGCCCGGCUUUUACGAUCCUCAAAGAUGCUAAUGCAGUUGAUGAGAUCAUGGUACUAGGAGAUUUUAAUCUUCCUAGAAUUUCAUAGAAAUCUUUCCGCAACGAAUUUCUUUAUCAGGAUUCGGACCAUUCCGUUCUCCACCCAGGCGCAGUGAGGCUACUUGCCAGCUACAGCUCAGCCAUGUUACCACAUAUCAAUUCUUUUGCCAAUGAGAAUAGCCACCAUUUUGAUCUUUGUUUUGCCAGCGAUCAGGUUUCCGCCACAUCAAUAAUGAUGGCUCACUUUCCACUUGGGACCGUUGAUGUUUCUGUAAUACUUCAAUGAUGUACAUCUAGUUUUGAAGACUCCACGAUUGUCCUUCGCAGAUGAUCUCAAGAUUUUUCGCCUAAUUCGUUCAAUUGAAGAUUACAGAUUUCAGCUUCAAGUCUUUGCUGAUUGGUGCAACACGAACCUCAUGUAUAUUAUUCCUGAUUAUACAACAUAUUAACAUGAUUUAAUCUGUUCCACAAUAUUCCGCCACGUCGCUCGGUCAGUUGCUGCUUGUCUCCAACCUCUCAGGUGCCCGAUACUCACCAGGUUCUGCUCCACUUGGUCCAGCCACCCGGAACGCUGCGCUCCUCUCCGUCUUGUACCUGCCGGGAUGGAGGUGAAAACCAACUUGGUGGGGUGUUGUCCGGCAUCCUCACAACAUGCCCCGCCCACCGUACCCUUCCAGCUUGAGCUACUUUUCAGAUACAUGGCUCACCAUAGAGUCGCGCAAGUUCGUGGUUCAUCCUUCUCCCCCACAUCCUCCUGCACGCAACCGUUUCGUGCCCGUAGAGAACCACCGGUCUAAUCAGUGUGUUGUACAUGGCGCCUUCCGUGCGGUGGUGAAGCUUCCUAGAUCUCAAAGUUUUGUGGAGCCCACAGUAAGCACGACUUCCAGAGAUAAUACGCCUUCUGUUCUCCCGGCUGGUGUUAUUGUCCGAAGUCACCAAUGAGUCUAGAUAGAUGAACUCGUCAACCACCUCGAACUCAUUGCUGUCGAUCAUAAUACUACUGCCCAAGCGUUCCCUAUCGCGGUCCGUUCCGCCAGCCAGCAUGUACUUCUUCUUAGACACAUUUAUCUUCAGUCCUACUCGUGCUGCUUCGCGCUUCAGUCGGGUAUACAGAUCUGCUACCGUCUCCUUGUUUCUACCGAUUAUGUCCACGUCGUCAGCGAAGCACACGAACUGUCCGGACCUCGUGAAAAUCGUGCCCGCAUGUUGAACCCCGCUCUUCGCAUUACACCUUCCAGCGCUAUAUUGAACAGCAGACAGGACAACGCAUCGCCUUGUCUUAGUCCCCUGCGUGUUUCAAACGGACCCGAGAGGCCGCCCGAAAUUUUGACACAACACCUUACACAAUCAAUCGUAGCCUUAAUCAGUCUUGUCAACUUCCCAGGGAAGCCGUUCUCGUCCAUCAUUUUCCAUAGCCCUACACGGUCCACCGUGUCAUAAACGGCUUUAAAGUCGAUGAACAGGUGAUGUGUCGGGGCCUGGUAUUCACGGCAUUUUUGGAGGAUUUGCCGUUUAGUAAAGAUUUGGUCAUUUGUUGAUCUGCCGUUGAUGAAACCGGCCUGAUAACUCCCGUCAAAUCCAUUUACCAGCGGUGAUAGGCGUGGAACAGAAUUUGGGAUAGCACUUUGUAAGCGGCAUUUGUCACUGUGAUCGCUCUGUAGUUUUCACAGUCCAAUUUGUCGCCUUUCUUGUAUAUCGGGGUGAUGUCCUCCGGUAGCUGUUCUCUGUCCCAGAUUCUUUCGAUUAUUCGGUACAUGCAUUCCGUCAGUUUCUCCGGACCGACCUUGAAGAGUUCCGCUCCUAGACCAUCCUUACCAGCCUCGUUAACCUCAUUCAUAGUGGGCGCCGGUACAUACCCGUCGGCUGCGACACUGACAUAAUCGUCCUCCUCGAACGCCCGAUUGCCUGCGCCCAUUCAGGUGUUCAUUUUAGUACUGCCUCCACCUUUCGACCACCUCACGUUCGUCCGUCACGGCAUUGCCACCUUCCUUGUUUCUACACAUUUCGGCCCGCGGCACAAAACCGUUGCGAGAAUCAUUCAGCUUCUUGAAGAACGCCCGCGUUUCUUGAGAGCGAUACAGUAGCUCCAUCUCCUCUCUCUCAGACUCUUCCAGGUGGCGCUUUUUGUCCUGAAAAAGGCGAGUCUGCUGUUUUCGCUUCCGCUGAUAUGACGAUGUGCUGAAUUUUUCUCGUCCAAUAUCUCUUGGCACUCGCCAUCGAACCAAUCGUUCCGUCGACUCCUCUGUAUGUAUCCCAGGACGCUCUCCGCAGUGCUGCUUUAGUCCUGGUCCAGCAGUCCUCUAGGGGAGCAUCGAUGAGCUCCUCCUCCGGCGGCAGCGCUGCUUCAAGAUGCUGCGCGUACGUUGUCGCGACGUUGGUUUCCCUCAGUCGGUCCAGGUUAUACCGCGGCGGGCGCCGGUAUCUUACACUGUUCACUACGGAUAGUUUUGGACGCAGUUUAACCAUCACCAGAUAGUGGUCCGAGUCGAUGUUAGCGCCCUGAUAGGUCCUUACGUCGAUGUCCGAGAAGUGCCGUCCAUCAAUCAGAAUAUGAUCAAUUUGCGUCUCUGUUUGUUGCGGUGAUCUCCAGGUGUAUCGGUGCAGGAGGCGGUGCUGGAAGAAGGUGUUUCUUUUGGCCAUGUUCUUGGAGGUGGCUAAAUCGAUUAGUUGAGCAUCAAGGUCGCCGAUGACGAUCUUGACAUCAUGUCUUGGGCAACGAUCGUAUUCACGCUCCAGCUGCGCGUAGAAUUCGUCCUGGUCGUCAUCGCUACUUCCGAAUUGGGGACUAUGCACGUUAAUUGUGCUGAUGUUGAAGAACCGGCCCUUGAUCCUCAACCUGUAUAUUCUGUCGCUGACCGGCCACCAUCCUAUCACACGCUUUUGCAUCUCCCCCACCACCAUAAAAGCUGUUCCCAGCUCGUGUGUAGUGCCGCAGCUCUGGUAGAUGGUGUGGUUCCCGCGAAAGACCCGCACCGUAGACCCCUUCCAACACACCUCCUGCAGCGCCACAAUGUCGAACUUGCGGUCUUUUACUGUAUCGGCAAGUAUGCGAGUGCUCCCGAUAAAGUUAAGCGACCUGCAGUUCCAUGUCCCAAGUUUCCAGUCUCUUGUCCGUUUCCGCUGCGUACGUCUGUGCCAAUUUUGUCCAUCUGAAAUUUGAACUUCCUGAGCAUGCUAUUUUAUGGGCAGUAACGCUGAAGGAUCACGGGAGGAGAGAAAUUUGGGCUAAGCGCUUAUUUAAAGGCGGCGCUGGCUCGCCUUGUCAGGGCUGCUUUAGGGCAUGUGGUAUUUAGGCCUGGAACGUGUAGGGCCCACUACCUCAUCCUACCACACUCGCAGUCAGCCCCCGCUAUUGGUUCGGGUCACGAAUCACAACUAGUUGCUAUCGCGACUAAGCAUUAUCCACCACCUAUGACCCGCCCGGUUGCUUGCAGCUCAGCUUCCCACAUCGCGUUCCUCCACCACCACGGGGCCCGGGCAUGUACGUAAACACGAAGAAAUGCUCGGUAAUAUAAUUUUCACAGAAGAAGGAUUCGAUUUAUUUUAACUACCAUCUACUAGAAACAGAAAUCGAACGCGUCAGCCACGUGAAGGAUCUAGGAGUGAUUCUGCAUUCUCAACUUAAGUUUAAACCACACUUUCCUAUGCAAUUGGCAAAGCGUCCCGAGCACUGACUGGGAUGGAUCUUCAGGAUAAGCAAAAAUUUUACGGAUAUUUAUUGUCUCAAAUCGCUGUACUGCGCUUUAUCACGAACAAUGCUAGAAUAUUGCUCUGAAGUGUGCAGCCCAAACCCAAGCCCCCCAAUAACGGCGUUGAGAGAAUUGAAACCAUACUGCGUCGCACUCCGUAAAUUGCCGUGGAGAGAUCCUGUCCGACUACCUGACUAUGAAAACCGGGGUCAGCUAAUUCAAGUGGAGCCGCUGCAUGUUCGCAGGAAUACAGCAAGAGCUUUGUUCGUCGCGGAAACUCUGCAAGGUCGUAUAGAUGCCCCCGCUAUUUUGGAACAAAUCAACAUAAACUUUGCACCACGGGUAUUAAACAACGACAUUAUGUUUCGAUUAUCAUUCCCACGCACUAAUUAUAGUAUGCAAGGAGCCAUCACCGAUCUACAAAAUAUUUUCAAUCAAGUUUCAGCUUUCGAUUUCAACGUAUCUUGACAAACUGCGUCUUCGAUCUGACUGUAGACAGGGGAAAGUAAACUGUUUAAAACCCGCAAACAGCCUCCGAUCAUAACUCCUAUCGUCCGACAGAAAUUGUAAUUGUUGGAGAAAAUUGUCGUACGAGGUCUCGACAAUUGGGUUGAGGUGAACGGCCUGUUAUCAGAUACCCAGUUUGGUUUCCGGGGAAGAAAAGGAACGAAGCGCUACUAGCGCUACUGUUGCAUAAACAAACCCCUCCAGGGGCGGAUCUAGAAAAAAAUUUCGGCGGGGGUCCGAAAUUUCGAUUUUGAAAUGUUCAUUGUACAAUACAUAAUAUAUUAAUAACCUAAUUUAAUUAAAAUUCGGUGGUGGAAUCUGUGGGACUGAUCUUAAGUUUAGAAUAAAUUAAAAUAGAAACUAUUUUAAAAUUUCUCAAGCAGAUAAAAAUUUACGGGGGGUCCCUCCCCCUGGAUCCGCCACAGAAACCAUCUACGGAGAAUGUAGUAAAAAUAGGUAUUUUGUUACCCUGACUAGUUACAAAGUAAAUACCACAAAGUAUGCCGUCAUAAAAAAAUGUUCUAUAUUGAUGCUCCGGGAAUCGCUAGACUUGCAGAACCUACCUCUGACCACAAAACCGAGCUAGCAGCGGUUCACUAUAAUCUUGGAGAUAUUGAAACUUACUCCUGAGCUAUUAUUUCAUUGUUACAGAAUGUCCCAGCACCAACAAAUUCGUAGCGCUCAUUGCAGCUUGAUUACCCCGUUGACCACUAGGUCGGGGAGCAGAAAAAAACUCGUGAAAUUUUUUGUUGAAACGAUUUGACACGGGGCUUCAAAGUUUAAAAUUCUGUUCAAAUCAUAAUUGUACCUCCUCCGAAGUUCCUAGAUAGUCUUUGUGGCUUCAAGUGUCUAGUAUCUUCCCAACAGUUUAAAUAUCCAACUGGUCCAUCCAAAUUAAGCUUUUUAAAAUUUAAUCUUUCCUUUUUAUGGUAAGGAGAAGAGGGGAACGGGUACGUAAUUGUUAGACUAAAAAAAGCUUUCCAGAACUUUAGUCAGACAGUUCAGUACCGAGAUUACUCUUUAGUUUUCAAUAUUGUGUUUACAACCUUAUGAAUAGGCAUUAUAGCAGCAACUUUCCGAACACUAGGGAAAACAUUUUCCGUGACUGAACACAAAAAUACUGAAUAAUUACUGGUACACUCAGGAACUAUGUUUUAUGAACACAGGAAACAAGUAAUCCGGGCCUGGCCCUUUCAAACUCAAAGGACAAAGCACUCAAUACAUCUGCAUCAACUACGUUAGGGCGGGAGAGGCCUAUAUCAGUGAUUCUCAACCUGGGGUCCGCGGACCCCUAGGGGGGCGCGAAGUAGUUGCUGGGGGUCCGCGGAGAAAAAUAUAUUUUCCGAGUGCAGAUUGAAAUUUCAAGCCUUGUUUCCUAAUAAACUGAAUAGAACAUAUUGACAACAUACAAAAUCGAUAUUUAUCCGUGGGGGUCCGCAGCAACCCAAGGCGAUUUCUAAGGUGUUCGUGGCACGAAAAAAAGUUUAGAACCGCUGGCCUCUAUCAUCAUACGUAAGAUAUUGUUGCGAUGAAUAGCCACGCGGGCUGGUAAAUACAUCUCGGAAGUGAUCAUCGACUCGUCUUUACUAAAAAGCUCAACAGUCCACUACACCAACCAGAAAAACAUUCUCGUAGGAAAAUUGUUAUCGAAAAUGGCGAACGACCGGCCUUCAACUUCAUCCCAGGGUUCGUAUCAGACGCCGUCGCUUUUGCUGGAAACAGAUAUCAACUGAAGCAAGCACACGGCAGAAUGAAUGCCGCUAUAGCCUAAAAAGAAGACAUAAAAAUAAUUGUUGAAUAUAUUGAUGUGAAUACUAAAUAAUUCAAAGUGUUAUACCUGUAUCCAUAUUUAAGAAGAGACAAAACCUUAAAUGUGAAAUUCACAUUGUAAAUUAACUAACUACAGUCGGCCCUAUUCUGCGCGGCGUGUGACGUGAGACGACUAAUCUCACCUCACUUUACGUGACUUUUCUCACUCUAUUCUGAGAGUCGACUCGGGUGAAGUGAGAUUCCCCAUUGCGGUUGAAUGGGCGUCUCACGUCACCCGAAGUGACUCUUCAGAAUUGGGUGAGAAAAGUCACGUAGAGUGAGGUGAGAUUAGUCGUCUCACGUCACACGCCGCGCAGAAUAGGGCCGAGUGUACCGUAGGGAUGAGUGUUACAGUUUACAAAACAAUAAAGCUAAUGUGAAAAUCAAAACUAAACUGACUGUCUAACUCAAGUUCUCUAUAAAAGUAGAUUGAAUAAAACAAUCCGAUGUAACGAAAAUA